AUGUCUUCAGAGAAGACCCAAGUAUCGGGUGACGCGCCUAGCCACCCUUACCUAUCCAACCCCCCACACUACUUGACAUGUGAAGCUGUCAUCAACGAGCUAGGAACAAACUCAGACGAUGGCCUUACAGCGACCGAAGCGAAACAAAGAAUUGAUAAAUAUGGCGAGAAUAUUCUGGAAGGAGGCGAGGGCGUCUCAUUUGCAAAAAUCAUCAUUCGACAAGUUGCCAAUGCAAUGAUGCUCAUCCUCAUCAUCGCCAUGGCAGUUAGUUUUGGUAUUCAGUCGUGGAUCGAAGGUGGAUUUAUCGCAGCAGUGAUCGCACUCAACGUCUUCGUUGGUGUUUAUCAGGAUUUCGCAGCUGAGAAAACUAUGGACUCUCUUCGUUCCCUGAGCUCUCCCACUGGUGUUGUGACCCGCGAUGGAAAAACCGCCACUGUCCCUUCAAACGAAAUUGUACCCGGUGACAUGGUAGAGUUGAAAGUCGGCGAUACCGUUCCCGCAGAUUUAAGACUGGUUGAAGCUUUCAACUUCGAAACCGACGAAGCUCUCUUAACGGGCGAGUCCUUGCCGGUUCUAAAAGAAUCAGAAUCCACUUUCGACGCUGACACUGGGCCCGGAGAUCGUCUUAACAUCGCAUACAGCUCCUCAACCGUGACCCGCGGACGUGCCAGAGGUGUCGUAGUCAGUACCGGAAUGCAGACAGAAAUCGGUGCUAUUGCCGCAGCCCUGCGCGGAGGAGAUUCAAAACGUCGCCCAGUUAAGCGUGGACCAGAAGGAGAAACCAAAAAGCGCUGGUACAUCGAAGCCUGGACCCUGACUACCACAGAUGCGAUCGGUCGGUUCUUAGGCAUCAAUGUCGGAACACCGCUGCAGAGAAAACUGUCGAAGUUAGCUUUGCUUCUAUUUGGAAUUGCAGUCGUCUUUGCGAUCGUGGUCGCUGCCGCUAAUAACUGGCGCGGUGAUAACGAAGUCAUUAUUUAUGCAGUUGCAACUGGACUGGCUAUGAUUCCGGCAUGUUUGGUCGUUGUCUUGACUAUUACUAUGGCUGUUGGAACGAGGCAGAUGGUACAGAGACAUGUUAUCGUUCGCAAGCUUGACUCUUUGGAGGCUCUUGGUGCGGUAACUAAUAUCUGCUCUGAUAAAACUGGUACCUUGACUCAGGGCCGGAUGGUCGCUAAGCGUGCUUGGAUCCCUUCUGUCGGAACGUAUUCUGUUGGGCCAUCGAACGAUCCAAUUAAUCCUUAUGAAGGUGAUCUGGGCCUUGAGCCAGAGUCUCCAUUGAAACUGGGAAAUGAUUUCAAUAAAGGUCAAUCUAAAAGCCCUGCAGACCUGCUGGAAGGGAAUGAUCAUUUGAAGUCAUUUCUUGAUGUCGCGGCGCUGGCUAAUCUAGCCCAUAUCCACAAGACACCUAGUGAUGAAUGGCAAGCCCGUGGAGAGCCGACUGAUAUUGCCAUCCAAGUAUUUGCGUCUCGCUUUGAUUGGGGAUCCGAUCGUUGGAUUAAGGGUGAAAAGCCGAUUUGGCGACAAAAGGCUGAAUAUCCCUUUGACUCUAGCGUCAAGAAGAUGUCAGUCAUAUUUGCCAAGGAGGAAUCUGAGAUGAUCUUCACGAAGGGUGCCGUCGAGAGAGUUCUCGAGUCCUGCACUACUAUCACAUGGAAGUCCGGUUCAACUCCAGUAUCUUUGGAUGACGAUAUUAGGGAUGAAAUCCUAGAGAACAUGGAAGCCCUUGCAAAGGAAGGCCUUCGAGUUCUUGCCCUGGCCGGUCGAGAAUAUAACCCUGCCUCAACUUCGAAGAGUGACGAAGUUCCUCCUCGGGAAGAAAUUGAACAGGACCUUGUUUUUUACGGACUUAUCGGCCUGUAUGAUCCUCCGCGCCCCGAAACAGCCGGAGCCAUCAGCCAAUGCUACAAGGCAGGAAUCUCUGUCCACAUGGUCACUGGCGAUCAUCCCGGAACAGCACGCGCAAUCGCCGCCCAAGUUGGAAUUAUUCCAGCGAACAUGGAUACGAUUGCAAAGGAUGUUGCGGACGCAAUGGUCAUGACGGCUGGUGAAUUCGAUAAACUCUCAGAAGAUGAAAUUGACAAUCUUCCUACCCUGCCACUUGUAAUUGCUCGCUGCGCACCAAACACCAAGGUCCGCAUGAUCGAGGCGCUGCAUCGUCGUGGUCGUUACGUUGCCAUGACAGGUGAUGGAGUAAACGACUCUCCUUCGCUGAAACGUGCUGAUGUCGGUAUUGCCAUGGGACAAAAUGGCUCGGAUGUUGCAAAGGAUGCAUCUGAGCUUGUUCUCACGGAUGAUAAUUUUGCAUCCAUUAUUAACGGUAUUGAGGAGGGACGUCGCAUCUUUGACAAUAUCCAGAAAUUCGUCCUUCAUCUCCUCGCGGAGAACGUGGCACUCGCCUUAACAUUGCUUAUUGGACUUGCAUUCAAAGAUGAGACGAACCAAUCUGUCUUCCCUAUUUCCCCCGUGGAAAUUAUCUGGAUUAUCAUGAUCACUUCUGGUCUUCCAGAUAUGGGACUGGGAAUGGAGCGAGCGGCUCCAGAUGUGAUGGAUCGGCCACCACAAAGUAAACAAGGUAUCUUCACUUGGGAGGUGAUCAUAGACACUCUGGUAUAUGGCGUGUGGAUGGCAGCACUUUGUCUUUCAGCCUUUGCCCUGGUAAUGUUCCGAUGGGGAGACGGUAACCUCGGAGAAGGCUGCAACACGCAGUAUAAUGACCCAAGCAAGCCUUAUACCUGCGACACCGUCUUCCGUGCCCGCGCAACAACUUUUACCUGCAUGACCUGGUUUGCGCUCUUCCUCGCCUGGGAAAUGAUCGAUCUGCGCCGAAGCUUCUUCCGCAUGCAGCCUGAGUCCAAGCUCUACUUCACGCAAUGGAUGCAUGAUAUCUGGCGCAACCAAUUCCUGUUCUACGGUAUUAUGACUGGAUUUGUACUUGCGUUCCCGAUUCUCUAUAUCCCUGUUAUCAACCACAGUGUUUUCAAACAUUCUUCGAUUUCAUGGGAAUGGGGUGUUGUUUUUGUUGAGACAGUUCUCUUUUUCCUUGGUAUUGAGACUUGGAAGUGGUGCAAAAGGGUGUAUUUCCGUCGCAAGGCAUUCAAGGAGGUGAAGAAAGGCGAGCAACCUGUUGGUGAACGUCGUCGGUUGAGAGAUUUCAGUCGCAAUCCUACUAUGAGUCGAUCGGAGACUCAAGCGACGGGUGAUUUGAAGGUUGAGCAAUCGAUUGUUUGA